GUCAAAGUCUACAACUUCUUGAUCGUCUGCUACCGUGUUUUGAUCCCUUUCUACAGAAAAAGCUUCACAAUGGUCGAUUAUAGAAAAGAAGGUUUAGUUGCCAUCUUUGAAGUUAACAACCCACCGGUAAAUUCUCUGAGCAAAAACGUGAGACAGGGGUUUGUAGAUGGCCUGAGCAAAGCUACCAACGAUCCCGAAGUUAAAGCAGUCAUCAUCAUUGGAAAAGGACGAACUUUUAUAGCUGGUGCAAAUAUUAAAGAUUUUGGGAAGCCCAUGGAAGAGUUAAUGUCAUCAUCACCAAGCUUGAUAGACAUUGGAAACAUGCUGGAGGAAAGUGAAAAACCAAUCAUUUGUGCCAUCCAUGGAGCAGGACUUGGUGGGGGCCUAGAGUUGUGUCUUUUCAGUCAUUAUCGACUAGCAGUCAAGUCAGCAAGAGUAGGGUUCCCAGAGGUGAAUUUGGGGAUUUUACCUGCUGCUGCUGGCACUCAGAGGUUGCCAAGACUUGUAGACAUUACUGUGGCCAUGGACAUCAUCUCCUCUGGCCGUCAUGUAGCUGCACCAGAAGCACUGAAGUAUGGCAUACUUGACCAGAUUGUGGAGGGUGAUUUGCUGAAGGAGAGCAUCAAGUUUGCACACAGUGUCAUUGGCAAGCCUCUGGAACCUAGAAGGCUGAGAAAUCUUGCCUGUAAAAGGUGCAGAACAUGUAGGUCCAGCCUUUUGACAAUGAGCAUUUUGUAUUGCAUUUCUGUCAUUCACCAGUUCUGCCUGAAAUCAGUGCGCAAUGCUGCGGACCUGUCUUAUGAAGCUGGCUUGAUGAUGGAGAAUACCUAUUUUAAGUAUCUCAUCACAGGAUUCCAAUCAUUUGCCCUUCGGUAUAGUUUUUUUGCAGAGAGGACAGCUAGAAAGUGGCAGUUACCCUCUGGAGCCAAUGCAGCCAAUACUAAGCCAUUGAACGUGCAGACCACAGGUAUCAUUGGUGCAGGCACCAUGGGGACAGGCAUUGCUGUUUCUUUGCUGCGGGCAGGCUACCCUGUCAUUCUUGUAGAGCAAAAUCAAGAAUUCCUAGACAAAGGUGUGGAUAUGAUUAGAAAUAUCCUGAAGGAUGGGGUGAGUCGCAGGCUUAUGACGGAGGACAGAAUGAAACAAUGUCUGAAGGCCUUGAAGGCAUCAGUGGAUUUGAAGCAUCUGGCAAAUGUUGACCUGGUUAUUGAAGCAGUUUAUGAAAACAUUUCUUUGAAACAAGAAAUAUUCAAAAAACUUGACUACAUCUGCAAGCCAUCAGCACUUUUGUGUUCCAAUACAUCUUCCAUAGACAUUGACAUGAUUGCAUCAGUCACCAAGAGGCCACAGAAAGUUAUGGACCACUUCUUCUCUCCAGCUCAUAUUAUGUUACUUCUAGAGAAUGUGUACGGCAAGGAAACAUCAGCAGAAACUGUUGCCACCAUCAUGGAUUUCGGGAAAAAGAUUGGCAAAGUGUCCAUACUUGUGAAAUCUUGUCAUCUGUUUGUUGCCAACAGAAUGCAUGGCUGUUUUCAGACAGAGGCAAAAUUUAUUUUGGAAGAAGGAGCUCUUCCCGAUGAAGUAGACCGCAUUUUAGAAGAUUUUGGUAUGCCCAUGGGACCUUUCAAAGUGUCUGACUUGGCAGGCAUUGACAUCAGCUGUCGUAUUCAGCAUGAGGUGGCAAAACAGCAUGACAUUGAGCUUACACUGCAGACACGCUUCUUCAGAGGUGAACGCUACUCAUCUUUGUCAAACAGAUUAUAUGAGCUUGGAAGACUGGGAAGAAAAACAGGUAAAGGAUGGUACAGAUAUGAGAAGCCUGGUGGAAAAAAUGCCAUACCAGACAAUGAUAUCAAGGAUGUUAUAAGAAUUCACUGCAAAGAACUUGGCAUUGAGCAGAGGCAGAUAAGUACUCAGGAAAUACUGGAGCGUUGUUUGUAUUCUGCUAUAAAUGAGGGCUUCAAAAUCAUAGAAGAAGGAGUCGUGGACAAGCCCGAAGACAUCGAUGUUAUCUGGUGGUAUGGCUUUGGAUUUCCCCGAUACAUGGGUGGCCCUAUGUUCUACGCCAGUCAGACAGGUCUAAAGAAGGUGUAUGAUCGGGUCUGUUACUACCACAAAAACUUUCCUUACAGCAGCCACUGGGUUCCCAGCGAUCUUUUGCGCAGACUUUCCACAGCACCAAACCCAGUUCCCAUAACUCAGUGGAAAACCGUGCUGCACAGCAAGCUGUGAGAUUAACACAGAAAAACUAGACCAACAUCAACACACAACGAAGACUUCAUCCAGUUUUAUCAGUUCCUGUAACUGACCAAACUUGAAAAUAACAGUACAUUAUGCGUUGGAGAACUGCACAACUCUGUAUGGUCAAAAUCUAGAAAUCCAACAUUGCAAGCAAUACCAUGAUGGUAAGUUCUAGUCAACAGGUGCGUUGCA